GCGCGUUGUUGUGGAGCGCAAGGCUGUGGCAGGCAGGAGGACGGUCGCCAUCUCUGGGUAAACACUGUAACCAUAUUACGCAGUUGAUAUUGUAGUGUGUGGACUGAAGCCGGAGCGCACAGUAGCAGCAGCAGCAGCAGCUACAGCCGCGGCAGAAGGCGGGGGCUAUGCUGCCCGCAGCAGCAGCGACCACAGAGGACACAUACGGCGGCUUCAGAGCAGGACUGACGCUUUUGUUUGUCUCUUGCACGUCGGAGCUGUCACUUCACGUCUGAAAGCGAUCCUUGGUGCGCUUUCAUCUUCCCGAACUGUUUUUUUUUUCCUCCCCCUCCAAUGUUUUUGAGCGGAUGGGACUUGCACGGUUCCAGUGAAAUGGGAUUUUAAUGGUGCACGUAGCAGUAGCCUGUGCACAGCCGGGGGACCGUAGCUGUAGCAGCGCGCCGGGUGAUGAUCGCCGAAGAAUAAAGCGGUGCAGCCCAAAGGUGCGCAACAUCUCGUUUCCAUGGACAACACGUCCAUAAUAACACAGGUUGCAAAUCCGAAAGAGGAGGAGAGCAUCUCAUCGAGUCAAGAUAAAGUCUCCCAGUCCAACAGCAGCCUAAAGAAGCACCGAAGUAGGAGCAUUUUUAGUCCUUUCUUUUGCUGCUUCCGCAACUACAAUGACUACCAUGUGGAGCCACCGCCCGCCAACAACAAGACACUUUCUCUGCCCCCUCCUCCAGAGGAGAAUGGCAGUCCUCCUAAGUAUGACGAGGUCCGGGUCCUCCCAAUACUCAGUCCUCCAGCCAAGUUCCUCCUGCCUGAGGUCAGUAUAGCCGACUAUGGCAAGAACUGUGUGGUGAUCGACCUGGAUGAAACCCUUGUACACAGCUCCUUUAAGCCCAUCAGUAAUGCAGACUUUAUCGUCCCGGUGGAGAUUGACGGCACUGUUCAUCAGGUGUACGUUUUGAAGAGGCCUCAUGUGGACGAAUUCCUCCAGAAGAUGGGGGAGUUGUUUGAAUGUGUCCUCUUCACCGCCAGUUUAGCCAAGUAUGCUGACCCCGUGGCAGACCUGCUGGACCAGUGGGGGGUGUUUCGCGCUCGGCUCUUCAGGGAAUCAUGUGUUUUCCACAGGGGAAAUUACGUCAAAGACCUCAGCCGGCUGGGCCGAGAGCUCCGAAAAGUCAUCAUUGUAGACAACUCGCCUGCCUCGUACAUCUUCCACCCUGAAAAUGCAGUUCCGGUGCAGUCCUGGUUUGAUGACAUGACAGACACAGAGCUGUUGGAUUUGAUCCCUUUGUUUGAGGGUCUCAGUAAAGAGGAGGACGUUUACAGCCCCUUACAGAGCUUGAGGAACAGGUAGCAGAAAAGACAUAACCCCAUCUCUGCCACGGUCCUGCAGUCCGGCUCCCGUUCUCCAAUCCAAAGGGUGGCCAGUUUGAGCAUUUAAAACGAACUGGUUUUAAUCUGGAGAAAAGGACUCUGUGGAUUCUUGCCAUCUGUUGAUUCCUGGACUCUUUCUACAGGACUCCGACUGACAAAAGAUUAUAUUACUGUAUGUAUAUAGUAAAUGUUUCUAUGAGUAAGAUAUACAGAAAAUAAUUUUUCUAUCAGAGAGAGGCAGUUUUACUAUUCUAUCAAGAUUCUGUCAGGUAAUAUUUUAGUUACUAAAAACAAUCAAAUUCACAGAUCAUAUUUUGUUUUGUUAUUUUGAAGACUGUGUGAGCUUUAUUUUCUUUUGUGUCGUUUUCUUUUUUGUCCCAACAACUGUGAUUUACCUUCUCCUACAGAAUGAAGUGCCUUCAUUACUGUGCUUACUUUGUUGUUUCGGGUUAUGGGGUUGGAAUCUCCAGAGACGUUGUUAUUUGUAAAUCCUAAAACAGAAGCUGAAAAUGAUUUUGUAAAAAAGAAAAAAAGUCCGGCAUUUAUCAAGCUAGCCUGGAUUACUGUAGGGUGUUUGAUAUCAGUAGCAGUAAAUUGUUCAAUUCGCCAAAGACGUUUACAGUUCAAUGUGAUCCGUGGCUUAAUUACAAUAUUUAAUCCUUGACAGUGGCGGCAAAUUUCGGACCCUGGAACAUACAAAAAGCCUGCCUAAUUUUUUUGAAAGAUAAAAAUCAACAUUUGUGACCAUUUAUCAACUGAUAAAUGUUGCAUUUAUGAUGAAACUUAGAAAUUUGAAAAAAAAAAAAAUCUAGCUUAUGUUUUACUGGACUAUGUUUACUUAGGCUAAGAGAUUUGGAUGAAUUGUAAAGAAAUGCUGUUAAAACUGUACUGUAUGACAAAAAUAAAGUUGCAAAUUUGCACACUGUCA